GGGUCCUCCCGGGCGGCACUUGCUACAUUAACUCGGAGCGGCGGAGACAGUGACACAACUUUCCGGGUUUGCCCCGGGAGGCUGCGAGAAGAGCCUCCCUCCUCCUCCUCGCCUCGCCGCGCCCUGAGUGCCGGCCGCCUCCCGCGGCGCAUCCCCCGGCGGCGGCAGGAGCCGCGCUCCCGAGCGAGAGGCGCCGGCGGCCCGGCUCGGCCCGGCGGACAUGGCUCCGGCCCCAAGCCCCGCCGAGCGGGGCGGCCGCCGCCUAUAAAGGGGGCCGGGAGCCGGGUCGCCUCACAGCCAUGCGGCCCCGCGGCGCUGCCCUCGCCCUGCUCUGCCAGCUGCUGGGGGCCUGGGCUGCCGGCGCCCCGGCCCCGCGGGCGGGCGGCGGGCUGGAGGCGCGCCCGGAGCCCGCCGCCCGCCCGCCGCCGCCCCCGACCCUCCUGGCCACGGCGCCGCGGCGGGCGCAGAGCCGGCGGGCGGCGGCGGCGCUGCCCGGGCGCGGGGCCCUUCCCGGCCCCGCCGACGCCGCGCCCGGCGCUGCCCCGCGGCGGGGGGCUGCCCGCGCGGGGACAGCCGCGGGGCCUGGCGGCACCUGCGCUCCCCGCGCCGCGGCCGGGCGGCGCCGGGCGCGGAGCGAGCGCGGAGCCGGCGCGGCGGCGGCGGCGGGGGACGGGGCGGCGGCGGCGGCGGGCGGCCCGCGCUGGCUGCCGCUGAACGGCUCGGCCCGCGGCGGCGCCGAGGGCAGCGCCGGGGCCCGCGGCAACGGCACGGGGCACCGCGCCCGCCUCCGCAACCCCUUCUACCCGCUGACCGAGGAGUCGUACGGCGCCUACGCCGUCAUGUGCCUCUCCGUGGUGAUCUUCGGCAUCGGCAUCAUGGGCAACAUGGCAGUGAUGUGCAUCGUCUGCCACAACUACUACAUGCGGAGCAUCUCCAACUCCCUGCUGGCCAACCUGGCCUUCUGGGACUUCCUCAUCGUCUUCUUCUGCCUGCCGCUGGUCAUCUUCCAGGAGCUCACCAAGAAGUGGCUCCUAGAAGACUUCUCCUGCAAAAUCGUCCCGUACAUCGAGGUAGCCUCUCUUGGAGUCACCACAUUCACACUGUGUGCCCUCUGCAUAGAUCGCUUUCGUGCUGCCACCAAUGUGCAGAUGUAUUAUGAGAUGAUUGAAAACUGUACAUCAACGACUGCCAAGCUGGCUGUUAUAUGGGUGGGUGCGCUGCUCCUGGCACUCCCGGAGGUAGUGCUGCGCCAGCUGACCAAGGAAGAUGCUGAAUACAGUGGCAGCCCACCAGGAGAGCGGUGUGUGGUGAAGAUCUCCACUGCACUACCUGAUACUAUCUAUGUGUUGGCUCUCACAUAUGAUGGGGCAAGACUCUGGUGGUACUUUGGCUGCUAUUUUUGUUUGCCUACUCUUUUCACUAUUACUUGCUCCCUGGUAACAGCAAGGAAAAUUAGGAGGGCAGAAAAGGCCUGCACGAGAGGGAACAAGCGGCAAAUUCAGCUAGAAAGUCAGAUGAACUGCACAGUGGUGGCUUUGACCAUUUUAUAUGGGUUUUGCAUCAUUCCUGAAAACAUCUGCAACAUUGUGACUGCCUACAUGUCCACAGGGGUCUCUCGACAGACUAUGGAUCUCCUCCAUCUCAUUAGUCAGUUCCUUUUGUUCUUUAAGUCCUGUGUUACCCCAGUUCUCCUUUUCUGCCUCUGUAAACCUUUCAGCCGGGCCUUUAUGGAGUGUUGUUGUUGCUGCUGUGAUGAAUGCAUCCAGAAAUCUUCAACAGUGACAAGUGAUGACAAUGACAAUGAAUACACCACAGAACUGGAGCUCUCCCCUUUCAGUACCAUCCGUCGUGAAAUGUCUACUUUUGCCUCUGUGGGGACUCACUGCUAGUUGACAGUAGGACUUUAUUUCCAAUAUCUUCUUUUCUUUUCUUUUCUUUUCUUUUCUUUUCUUUUCUUUUCUUUUCUUUUCUUUUCUUUUCUUUUCUUUUCUUUUCUUUUCUUUUCUUUUCUUUUCUUUUCUUUUCUUUUCUUUUCUUUUCUUUUCUUUCUUGAAACAAAAUGCAAGAAAAAGCUGAUUAUUGAAAACUAUUCUGGAAACCAAUUUGCAUAUUAACAGUCACCCUUUGGAAAAUAAGUUCUAUUUAGUUAUUAAAAUGAAAGAAAGGGAGAGGAGGAGAGCCAGCACUGAGUUUUAAAUCAUGAUAUUUUGUCUGGUGCUAGUAUUUUAUUGUUUGGGGGGAAGAAACCAUGUCAAUCCACUUUUAUUUAAUUCCAUGAUAGUUUUUGAUAAUCACUGUAAAAUGAUUAUAUAGACAUUGUGUUUUCUGCAAGAUGUUUAAAGUAACAGAUGUGGUGGAAAGUAUUUGAAAGUAGUUUUAAUCCAAUUACUGUACACUGUUGUCAGAGAUCUUGGACUUUUGAAAAUUUAUAAGGUAGCAUAAAAAUAAAUGAUAUUUUAUUCUUUAAUUUCAUUGUCAAUCCACAUUUAACAAAGACACCUAUAAAUAUUAUUAAAUUCCUUUAAUAAGUAGAAAAAAUCUUUGCUUUGCGUAAAAUAAUUUAAAUGGCCAUAUUUAAUUUACCAUUCAUGUACUUACCAUUGGAGACUGUAAUUGCAGUGUUUAAAGAAGAUGGUCAUAAUGGUAUUAGAUUGACAUGAAUGUUUUUUUAAUGUAUAUUUUGGAGGUUCAAUGUGCCUCUCUGAAAAUUUCCUUUUUUAACGUGCAGAUAUACAAAACCUGAAUUAUUUUGUACUUCUUAAGAAAAAAGAUUUGCUUUCUCACUAAACAGUAUCUUGUGUUGUUUCAAAAUCAAGUUUCUUUCCACUUUAUUAUUAGUUUUACAUGAAAAUUACGUCUUUGGUCUCUGUAUAUAUAACUCAUACUGGCUUCAGUGAGAGUCCCAUUGCAGAGGAAGGCAUUAUUUUGACAGAAAUUUGCUGACAAUAAAUGUGAGGGACUGAAAAAUGUG